AUGGCGCGCUCCGAAGCCAGCUGGCUCACCUCCGUGAACUCGCGCCACGAAAUGGCGACCCAGCAUCCCUCAUACCCUCGCAUUCCAUUUUUUCCCGCCCAGCAGGUGUCGGAUUUUGAUAAAACCCCUUAUACGUUGUGGGAUUUCUUUCCUGCGACGUGGACAUGUCCGCAUGAUAUCCAGCGGGUGGGACGAUUGGGAGAUGGGGGAAAAUGGGUUUGUGGUAUGAGUUUGUAUGAGAAAUAUGCAGCUUCCUCUUCUUCUUUCUCUCCACCUUCUUCUCCACCUUCUCCUCCGUCACAACCCAAAACCGAAAAAGGAACCGCAAUCAAAAUCAAACCCAAACCUAAACCCCAAUCCAAACCCAAAGAAAAACAAAUCACCAUCUACAGUUUCGGCGUCAACGACGAAUCGACCUUCGAAGCCGAAAUGCUAACCCGCAUCCCCACCGCCCAAAUCCACGCCUACGAUUUCUCCGUCCUAAAUUUCGGGCCCCAGCUCUCCCCCUCCCACGCUCCACGCGCGCACUUUUCGCAACUAGGACUCGGAGCCAUCGACGACGCCACGCGUUCCCCUCCCUUUUACACUUUACAAACACUCAUGUUACAAAAUAACCACACCUAUAUCGAUAUAUUAAAGAUCGACAUUGAAGGGUCGGAAUACACGGCUCUGGAUGCUUUUAUGGAUUUUUGUGAGAAAGCGGGGAAGGAUGUGUUGCCGGUGGGACAGAUGAUGAUUGAGUUGCAUUUGGUGGAUGAUAAGAAUGUGGAUUUUGAGCGAUUUUUGAAAUGGUGA